AGAGAUUCGGACACACAUUCAAAUUAUGGAGUAGCUUAACAUCUCCUGCCGUUGAAAGCUUGGGAAAAUGCCAGACCGGGGCCCGCCAUCAAUAUAUUUCUGAGCUCAGGCUACUGGUGCAGCUCAUGUCAACGUGAAGCGGCAAUCUAUACAUUUAUAUAAUAAACACAUGAGCUUUAAUAGGUGAAGUUUUCAGGGACAUGAAGCACAAUCAUGAGUUGCUUUGAUUCAUCCGUACAGAGUGAGGCUUCCUCGCACUUACAACACUGUAUAAUCUUAGCCCCGAAAGUGAUCAGCUUUGGAGGUCAAUCAUCUGUGCUAGCUCAUUGGAGAUGUUCGAGUACAGAACUUGAAGUUGUACCACUGCAUUGUGUGCUUUGCCAGCCAUAUGCACAGAGGACUAAUGAACUUCCUCCUACAUAUGCCUGGGACGCAAUCCUUUCUCUCACAAACUUCCAUCGUACCACCAAGCUCUCAGCUGAUCCAUCCUCUCUCACGACUUUCAGAGAACUGGAACCCUACAGAUGCAUCAACAAGCAUGCAAAUUGCCUCCAGGCUUUUCUUCUUUCAAGCAGCUCCCAGCCGCGCGCACUACUCUCUAAAGGCAUCAACACACUUGCUAUAGCCAGCAGCCACGACCCCAAUUUGCAAAUCAUUUGGUUCAGCUUCCACGCUUCCUGCCAGUCUCUGCACCCUGGCCAGACUAGAAAGCCUGCUCCCUUUGCACACCCGAACAAACAUGAAGAAGGCAAUGGCAUUUCUCACGCUGGCCGUCGCUGUCCUCAUCGCGCUCGCCUCGCCCACGUCCGCUGCGCGCACGCUGCAGCAGUUCCAAACCGCUCCAGUCAGCUCCCCGCAAAAACCCGCGUCAUUGAUGUUUGGGACUGCCAGCCCCACUGCGAGACCCGGCGUCCAGGUCUUGGCAGACGCUCCGUCUGCUGGCAGCGUCAGUCAUGUGCCGGACUAUCACACUUGCCCCGUAGAAACUGGAUUCUUGCCACAGGGGCCUUUCACGACCGGGACAGGAGCUACACGGUGUGCCAAGACGUACCAAUUGGCCGAGGUGCGAGGAGACAUUCUUCCAGGAGACGGAACGGGAGAGACGCGGACGGAAGUGUUCGAGCUCACAAUGGAGCCCACCUUUCAGCUGAACGGCGCCAUCCUUCUGAGCUGCUACCAGCAAGUGAAAGGGUUUUUGGCGGCAAUCGCCGGCGGAAAUCCGGAUGCUGCCACGCCCUACAUCAGGUCUGACGUCACGCUGAAGGACGAAGCGGGGCAGACCAUCACGGGGGCCCAGGCGGUGGCGGGGUGGUUCGCCUUGCACUUCGGCAAUCGGCCCAGUCCAGCCGUCGGGGUGUUCGACGUUUCGUGGGAGAUGCGAACGACUUACCCGAAGGACACGUGGAGCCUAAGAAUGACUGUCCGAGCAGAAACGGACACACAGGUUGUAAAAUUUGCUACCAAGUGGGACAUUGCAGAGUACCCCUACGUCCUUGGUUAUGUAUAUGAGGUCCGCGUUGUAAACAAGUAAAACUCUGGUAUAAUUCAAUUCUCAGGAGCUAGGGAUAUUCCGAAUGAGAGACGCUUGUGCUUGUCGUAGAUGCUGAGCACCCGGGCGUUAAAUUAGUGCCUAGGCUAUUGCUGCUAUGAUUCUAAAAUAUUUAGUCUUUCAUACAAGCUGCGCCGAACAAUCCCGAAUUUGAUUGCUGCACUUGACUACGAUCAGCUCCCUUCUGCACGAAUUGAACCGCUUUGAUCAUGAUGUUCUGUGUGAUUCGUUGUCG